ACUUAUUUAUGCCCUUGGGAUGCUUUACCUUACUGAGCCCAAGUCUGUUCAUCUCUAGGAGGGAGAUUCUAUUUCCUCAUAGAAUUUUCUGGUAAAUACAUAACUAGAGUAUACUAACAUAUAUGGCCGCCUUCCUAAACUAAGGGUUCAGAUCUGUAAAUGCGCUCCAAUGGACAUCUAAGCAUGUGUGUGCUGCCAUCUGUUCCCCCUCCCCACUCCCAUGGUCCGGGUUUUCCAUUGCUUGUACGGGACACAUCGCCCUGUGUGUGUCGUCCUUCCAAACCUGCGCGUUUCCCUUUAGGGCAACCUCAGCACAGAGGAGCGCUUCCUCCUGCUGGGCUUCUCCGACUGGCCCUCCCUGCAGCCUGUCCUCUUCGUCCUCGUCCUCCUCUGCUACCUCCUGACUCUGAUGGGCAACUCGGCGCUGGUGCUGCUGGCGGUGCGCGAGCCGCGACUACACACGCCCAUGUACUACUUCCUCUGCCACCUGGCCCUGGUGGAUACGGGCUUCACCACGAGCGUGGUGCCAUCCCUGCUGGCCAACCUGCGCGGCCGGGCGCUGAGGCUGGAGCGCGGCGGCUGCCUGGCGCAGCUGUGCGCAUCGCUGGCGCUGGGCUCGGCCGAGUGCGUCCUCCUGGCGGUGAUGGCUCUGGACCGCGCAGCCGCCGUGUGUCGCCCGCUGCGCUACGCCGGCCUCGCCUCCCCGCGCCUCUGCCACGCGCUGGCCGGCGCCGCCUGGCUCGGUGGCCUCACCAACUCUGCCGCGCAAACCGCGCUCCUGGCCGCUCGGCCGCUGUGCGCGCCCCGUCGGGUGGACCACUUCAUCUGCGAGCUGCCCGCCCUGCUCCAGCUGGCCUGCGACGGCGGCGGCCAGGACUCCACCGAGCGCCAGAUGUUUGCUGCCCGCGUCCUCAUCCUGCUGGUGCCUUCCGCCGUCAUCCUGGCCUCUUAUGGCGGCGUGGCCCGCGCUGUAUGGGGCAUGAGGACCAGAGGCAGCCGCAGGAAAGCGGUGGGCACCUGUGGGUCUCACCUGACAGCCGUCUGCCUGUUCUAUGGCUCAGCCAUCUACACCUACCUGCAACCCGCGCACAACUACAACCAACGGCGAGUUUUCAGUGUGAGGAUCAAGUGAAGGCUUGAACCAGUCCAAAAGCUCCAUAUCAUGGGGAUGCCCUGGCAGCAAGGCAAUGAGGAGACUGUGACUUGAUUGUGGCUUCCUCACUCUCACUGGACCACAUUUGACCAGGAGGAGCAGGGGAAGAGAAGGAGCUGCUGGACGGUGAUGUGCUGGGAAAGAGGCUGAGUGAGUGAUGACAGAAAAGAAAUGUCCAUCCGGUAUGACCUGACAAGCACCCAGGGUGACUUAUCAUAAGACAGGUGGGAACACACAGCUCAGACAGCCCUCAUCCCUCUAGGUCUGGACAGGAACAGGCCAUUGUCAACCACAGCUCCCCAGUGGACUUUCUCCUUCUGGGCUUCUCUGAACACC